AUGAAGGCGCAGUACAGGAGGCUGAGUCUGACCCACAAGUGCUCCCCCUGCCUCCACACUGCGGGCGACUCCGCCUGGUUCGACAGACGCUUCGAAAGGGCCAUCGAGCCCCUGCUGUCAGAGGAGUCCGUGUCCUCCGAUGCUCUGAUGCUGUGGUUGGGCAUGAAAUCAGGGAAGGAGUUUGAGAAGCAGAAGCAGCAGCCAAUUAAAACGUCUCCCAGCCCCUCCCUGGGCCAUAGGGGUUCCAGCUGCCUGACCUGUGCAGUGGUGGGAAACUCAAGACUCCUUCGGGGCUCUGGCCUUGGCUCUGCCAUUAACCAGCACGACGUGGUCCUCAGGAUGAACCAAGCCCCUGUCCAAGGCUUUGAGGCGGACGUGGGGAACGUGACCACCGUGCGCAUCAUGUACCCUGACACAGCCAGCACGCGGGAUCCUGGCGCCCAGCUGCUGCUGCUCCCUUUGAAUGCAUCUGGUCUGGACUGGUUCAUGAGAGCACUGGAGAAUCAGGAUUUCAUCUGGAAGCCGAGGAACCCCGGGUGUGGCGGCAAGGGGGGCCUUGUAGGGGGUGACAGUGGGGACCCCAGAGAGACCCUUGCUGGAUACUUGGGCACCCCCAGGGCUUAUGUCUCCAUCAUCAGCCUCACCUUCUUCAAGUAUGUGGAAGAGCGUUGGCUGAACUUAGAGCCAUUGGAUGGAAACAACUAUUUACCUUCUUUGGGGUUCGUGGCUUUGUUGUAUGCUUUGCACACCUGUGACCAGGUAUCUUUGUUUGGUUUUGGAACAGACAACUUCCUGAAGUGGUCCCAUUACUGGGAUGAUAAAUAUCGGUUCACUAGCGACGUGCACAGUUUCACAAGUGAGAGCAAGAUCAUCCUUUACCUUCAGUGCGAGGGGAAGGUUGCUAUCUACAGCUGA